UCGGGUGGACUCCGGGCAGAGGCUAUGGGGCUGGACUCUCGGGCAGAAGGCACAACGGGCUGGAUUCGGAGCAGGGGGACCACCGGGCCCCCAGGGGGCGAGCAGGCGUCUCGGCCCCUCAGGCGGAAUCGUCGGGCGCCGGACCCCCAGGCGGAGCGACAGGUCUCGGGCCCCCAGGCGGAGCGGCGGGCGCCGGACCCCCAGAUGGAGCGACAGGUCUCGGGCCCUCAGGCGGAGCGACAGGCAUCGGGCCCCCAGGUGGUGCGGCGACAGGUCUCGGGCCCUCAGGCGGAUCGGCGGGCGCCGGACCCCCAGGCGGAGCGGCGGGUGCCGGACCCCCAGGUGGAGCGACAGGUCUCGGGCCCUUAGGCGGAGCGGCGGCGGGCGCCGGACCCCCGAGGCGGAGCGGCGGGCGCCGGACCCCCAGGU